UGGAUUCAAACAACAUGGCGGCUCGCAGUGGUUCAUCCAUGCUGUUCGACUGAAGAUGUGAAACAGAAAUUCAAAAAAGAAACGGGAUUUUUUUUUCUGCUUUAAACAUCAGAUUUUGUUUUUAUAAUUUCAGAGCAGGCAUGGCCACUCCAGGGAAGCCACUUAAAAAGGAAAUCAAAAGGCAUAUUCCAGCCAAGACCUCCUUCACCUCACCCCUCACCCCAACAUGGAUGCCGCUGCCCCAACAAGACAUGUAUUUCAUCCUGAAAACCCUGAAGGACAAGCUCAUCUCUAUGGGGCUUGAGAAGAAAGAGAUGAAAGUGUAUCGCCCACGGAGGACAAAGAAAGACCAGAAAGCUGCGUCCGCCUCAUCAGAACCUGUUCCCCAGGUGCAGGAUACUCCCAAAAACGGCUGGACAGAUGUGGCUGCCAGACGACAGCUGGCCAUUGGCAUCAACGAGGUCACGAAGGCUCUGGAGAGAAAUGAGCUCAAACUGGUGCUGGUGUGUAAGUCUGUCAAACCGGGGCACAUGACGAAUCACCUGAUAGCACUUAGUGCAACAAGAGGCGUGCCGGCGUGCCAGGUGCCUCGUCUGAGCGAGAGCGUGUCCGAACCGCUGGGGCUGAAAAGUGUCCUCGCACUGGGAUUCAGACAGUGCGCCUCCAAGGAUGAGGAGGUCUUCACUGACACUGUUGAUGCCAUUAAACCCAAAGUGCCUUCACUGCAUGUUGCAUGGCUCCCAGGUGCAGCAGCCACUGAGGACCCUGCUGACAUGGAGGAGGAGGAGGAGGAGGAGGAAGAGGCUGGAGAGAAGAGAGGCCAGAAAAGGAAACUGGAGAGUGAAUCUGAGGAGAUCUCAGAGUCUCCCUCCUGCACUCUGCAGCCUCUCAAAGUGAAGAAAAUAGUUGCUAACCCUGAAAAGAAAAGAAAAAAGAAGGUUAAGACGUAGCCUGUGAAAUGAAAGAGAAACUCUGCCAAGAUGUUUAAAGAGCUGUUUCUGUGUUUUUAUAUGUUUUAGCUCAGUGGGUCCCAACAUUCUGGCUUGUGACCACAUAUGAGACUGAUUCUUCCUUUUCAGAUUAAAGAAUUAUACAGGCCUGAAGAGGUAAAAACAUUUUUUUCUUUUUUUGUACAAUUAAUCAUGUUAUGACACUUCAGAUCAAUCUGGGGAGCUCUUCUGACCUCCAUGUUGGGAUUCUCUGACUCUUUACAUGUAGGAGGAUGAUCUGCAGUUUGCAUUUAUUAACCACUUAGUUAAAGUUUGUAAGGACCAUGGCAUGAUCCUUUAAAUUUUGUUUAUUUAUAUAAAAAUUAAAUUUACUUGAACAGAACCAGGCAUAACAUUAAAACUUUUUUAAACUUUUGUUUCUGAAUUAAACUUACUGACAACGGAAGUGUGUGAGAUGAUGGGAUAUUAGGGAAAUAUUUUUUAUUACUUUUAGUAAAUAUGACAAAAGAAGAAACUCAUAGAAACAGGCAUUUCUGAUCCUAACUAUGUUGUUUUUUGGUCAGAGUUUGUAAUGAACACCACAUAAAAAGAAGUGCAUCACUCA